CGUGUAUGCAUGUCCUUUAAUUUUGAUGACAACGCAGUCAUACGCUAGGAACCGAAAGAAACAGCGAACAUAGCAACAACAAUGUCAACUGCGGGAAAUGUUGCUGAGCCAGCUAAAAAUAUGACGCUCUGGCUUAACGAGGGCAAUAACAACAACAACAGCAGUACAAACAAGUAUAUUGCACCAUCAGCAUCGAGCGCUCAUCCAAAAAUGUGCGCCAGCAGUAUAACAAAUGAGGUAGCAACAGAAUUCAAUGAAAUCUGCAAAAAGGCGCAAGAUGGUCAAAAAAUUAUGAUUAUUAUGCGCGGAGCCCCCGGCAGCGGUAAGACAACCCUAGCUAAAACACUUCUACAGCAAAUUCGUGUGCUGGAUGAGCAUUAUUCGAUCGGUGAUUUUGUGCAUAGCAGCGAUGAUUUCUUUGUCACGUGCCGUGGAUACGAGUUCAAUCCGACGCAAUUGUCCGAUGCCCAUGAGUGGAAUAAGCAGCGGGUGCUCUGCAAGGCAGCCACCGGUUGGAGUCCCAUCAUCGUGGACAACACAAACAUAAUGGUGUGGGAGAUGCAGCCUUAUGUGCAAAUUGCCGUACAACAUGGCUACGUACUGGAGCUAUUGGAGCCAAAGACCAGCUGGUGCAAAUCACCUGGUAAAUUGGCGCAAAGGAAUGUGCAUCGUGUACCAAAGGAAAACAUUGAACGGAUGCUGGAUCGGUACGAGAAGACCAGCGUUGUCGAGCUCCUAAAGUUGCUCAAAGAAACCAAAUAUACAGUGCCAAUACCGCAGCUGCGUUCAAUUCCACCACUGCCACAGUUGGCAGCGCCAUCAAAGCCGUCGCUGCAGCCGGAAGUUUCCAAUGCCGAUUCGAAUGGCAUUAAGCUGAAUAUCAAUGCGCAAACCUGGGUGCCAUAUGAGAAAAAUGCGAACAGUUAUUGGGCACAGCAGCAGCAACCGCAAGGCGUGUUACCAAUGCAAACAAACGUUGUUGCUGGCGUUGCGGCAACAAGUGAAAAUUCAUUACUCGACCUUUUGCGUGAUGAACCAACUAUUUCAACGGUUGCGCCAGUAUCAUCGACAGAUGACGACAUCAAAGUGCUGCAGCGUCAUUGCUUAAACUGUCCAAAUGAGGCGACUGGCUUUGUGCUGCUGCGACAAAUGUAUCCCAACAAACAGUUGGCAGGUCUCUGGGACUUGUUUGUAAAGUGCAACGGCGAUGUGGAUUGGGCUGUCGAUAUAUUAAUCAAAGAGGAUGAGCUCACCGCAGACGGCUCUGACUAUGCGGAGGAUGCGUUGUUGCUGGAAAGCGAUGAAUUUCAAUGUGAUUGCAACAAUAAAUCUCAAAAAUUGAUUGUUCAAUUGCAAACACAACCACCGCCAGUCGCUCUGUCGCUCAAAACCCAGGCGAAACCACAACGUCAGCCGCGUGCUAGACGAAAUGCCUCAGGCCAGGGUGCUGCCAACAGCAGCGCAAACAAGGAGCUGCAGUUGCAGAUUGAGAACCGUUUUGUAUUGGCCGAUGAUCAGUACUCGGAGCAUACGAGAAAAGUGCGCGAUAUACGCAAUGGGAUUUUAGAUCAGCCGCUGGCGCCCGUCGAGCCAGCACCGUUAAUGCCCUGCACUGGUGCUGAUGAGGACGACGAAGAUUCUGAGGAUAAUGCGCUGCUGGAAAUGGAUUUGGAUGACAAUUUAAUUGCACAACUUCGCAGUCACUUUCAGUGGGAGGGUGAAAUGCUGCCAACAGAGCCGGAAUCUUUGCCAACCAAAGUGUUUGUUCCGCGCAGCCUGGCCAAGCAGCUUUACAUGGUAUGGAUGGAAGCGGUGCACAAUCAACUCGAGGAGCAGCGUCAGCAAACGUUGCGCGACGACGAACAGUUUGCCCGACUGCUAAAGCAUCCCAAAUACGCCGAGUGCAGCGAAUCGCCCGGCAAUGUGAACGAACUGCUCGACAUGGAGCUGGCCUGGAGCAUUUACAACAGCGAACAGCAGGCAGCUAAUCAGGCGACACGUCAUAAGCCCAACGACAUUGCAACGCAUCUGACCAAAAUGAAGCUAUGCGAGAAAUUUCCAGAAAUUCCAAACGAUACCGUUCUGCAGGUCUUUUCAGACACUGAGAACAACUAUGUGAAGACCGUGGAGGUGCUGGACAGCAAUGUGCAGAGCGAUCUAACUGGCCCCGAACUCUAUGAGCAGGCGCUGCGGGAAAAUAGAAAGCUUAAUGAACAGGAGCAACAGACGCCGUCAAAGUCAUUAAGUCCACGGCCGACAGUCAACGCCAAGUCGCCGCAGUUGCAUGAGGAGGCGAAAUGUGCGGCAUUGCGGGACUUUGAGGAGACCCGUAAUCUAGCCGCCCAUCACGCCCAAUUGAGAGCCGAAUGCAAUUUAAAAGCCAAGCAGGCAAUUCAGCAUGGCAACGGUAGUGUGGCUCUCUACUAUUCAGAGAUUGCGCAGCUGCACAAAAAGAAGAUCGAUGUGUUCAAUCAUCGUGCCGCUAACUGCAUCAUGGAGGUGCACAAGCAUACUCAGAACAAUCCGGAUCUACUUGAUCUACACUAUCUGCACACAAUGGAAGCAAUUAGCAGUCUCGAUCUGUUUCUUGAUCGUCAUAUAACCGUGCUGCGCAACUGCACGCGGGUCUAUAAGCAUGUGUUCAUCAUAACGGGUCGAGGAUUGCACAGCGCCAAUGGUGUCUCCACCAUUAAGAAGAACGUCAAGGCGCGACUGGGUGAGCGGCGUUUGCGCUGGCAGGAGGUUAAUCCAGGUUUGCUGCGGGUCAAGAUCUUUUCGGCAUCGCGUCACUCCAAAAAUUUUUGAUCAGUUUUUAAAGCAUGAAUUUAUGACAGAGUUAAUCUCAAGAUAUCCUUUUUGAGCUACCUCAUUUUAGGACACAUCUUUUGCAUAAGUUUUCUUACCAAAUUAACAGUUACCAGCUACUUUCGUAUUACUUUUUGUGUUCAUCAAUACAUUCCCUCCGCGCUAAUUUUUAAGCACCCAUUUAAUCAUCAUCACAACUUUAUUUGUUUGCAAGAAUAUUCUAAAAUUAAGUUUAAAACGGUAACAUUUCCAAAUUAAGAAAGUCUUUUUCUAUAGUCUAUAUGCAUAUAUGUAUCUUCAAUGGGGCUUUAAACGUUGGGAGCGGGUUUCAGAAAUUAGAAAGUAUGGAAAAUAUAUAUGUUUGUUAAUUUGCGCCUCUUAAAGAUCUUAAUGUGCAUCAUUGAAUAGUUUUACCAUUUAAGUCCUUGGGUGAUCGUUUUAAAAAAAUCAAAAGUCGGAGUACUUCCAAUGAUAUUGUAUAUAUGUAUAUCGAAUAUGUACACAGGAAAUACAUUAUUUCAAAUAAGAUUUUAACAUAUAUUUAAAUUUUAAGCCAAAUAUUAAUGCGUAAGUGAAAAUUAUUGCAGUUUUACUUGUAUUGUAUGCUCAACAAUAAUUUAAAUAAAUUUCUAGCUAUAAGUA